UCUUAGCAAUUGAGUACAAACACUAGAGAGAGAGAGAGAGGAAAUAAUGUUAUCGCAACGUUCACAUUACGUUCCCUUUUGCCAUGAUAAACAAAACUCCAUCGUAGAUUUUCCGGCCGCCGUGUCUCCGCCUUCUACGGCCGUUGUCUACGACCAACACGGCCCCCCUGACACCGUCACUAGAGUGACUGAAAUUCCGCCGGUGAAGAUCACGGAGAACGACGUCUGUGUAAGAAUGCUCGCAGCUCCAAUCAACCCUGCCGAUAUUAACAGAAUAGAAGGAGUUUAUCCAGUACGGCCACAAGUACCAACAAUUGGGGGAUGGGAAGGGGUUGGAGAAGUACAUUCUGUUGGCUCUGCAGUUAAGACUCUUUCCCAUGGAGAUUUGGUUAUUCAUUCUGCAUAUCUUCCAGGUACAUGGCAGACCUACGUUGUAGAAGACCAAAGUUUAUGGUACAAAAUUGAUAAAAGCACCCCAAUUGAAUAUGCUGCCACAUGUUCUGUUAAUCCUUUGAGUGCCUUGAGAAUGCUCGAGGACUUUGUGGCUUUAAAACCAGGAGACACAAUUGUGCAAAAUGGAGCAACAAGUAUUGUGGGACAAUGUGUUAUUCAGCUAGCUCGAGUUCGUGGAAUUCAUAGCAUUAAUGUCAUAAGAGAUAAGCCUGGAUCUGAUGAAGUUAAAGAAAAAUUAAUGAAACUUGGUGCUGAUAUUGUGUUUACUGAGAGUGAAUUGGAUGUGAAAUCUAUUAAAAGUCUCCUGGAUGAUAUACCUCAACCUCUCUUGGGUUUGAACUGUAUUGGUGGCAAUGCUGCUACUUUAGUCAUAAAAUUAUUAAGGCAAGGUGGCACUAUGGUUACAUAUGGAGGGAUGUCAAAGAAACCUAUUACUAUAUCUACUUCAUCUUUCAUUUUCAAGGAUAUUUCCUUGAGAGGAUUCUGGCUGCAAGAAAAGAAUUUAGACCAAGCACAAUAUAGGUGUUCGAUUGAUUAUCUCUUGGCCCUUGCUCGUGCCGGGAGAUUGAAAUAUGAGAUGGAGCUAGUACCUUUUAAUGAUUUUCAUACAGCUCUUGAAAAGGCAAUGGGGAAACAAGGAAGUCGAAAGAAACAAGUUCUUAAGUUCUAACUAGUAACUUAAGAUUAGAAGUGAAGAAAAUUCAAGGUUUCACUUAUAUUAUGUAAUGUAACAAUCUGACAAUAUUUUUCCACUGAGCUUGGGUUUAUAUUUUUCAUUUUAAAUAAUCAGAUCUACUUUUUAAUCUCAUCUAUAUUAAUUUGCUGUAAUUUUCAUAUGCUUUCUUGCCAAAUGGCAAAGGGACAAAUUUUCAGUGAUUCCAUUGUACUGAUAUAGGUUAUCCAUGUAGUAGUAUUUCCUCAAUUCUUAUUUAA